UGGUGUCUUUCUGAAGCCAGAGAUACAGUGGAACAGUUGUAGGGCAGGUCUAUCUGCUGAGACAUGAUUGGCCAAACAGCAUGUCUUCAGUGGGCUGCUCAGAACCAAAGGUCCAACCACUCUGCUCAAACUGUAGCUUUGACGUAGCUGCUGGACACCUUCAAGGCGAGCGCCAGUCGGCUGUGUGUUUCUGCAGAAAUAUGGGCUCCAGCAGCUCUGACAUGAAAACUGUCCCAAACUCCCAGGAGCUCAUGGAGGAAACCGGCUUCUCUGCCGCCCACCUGUUCCGACUCUAUGAGAGGUUUGAGUUUCUGGACAAAGACAACAAAGGACACCUCAGGCCCGAGGAUUUUGAAGCAGUUCAGGAGUUGUCCACGAACCCCAUCAGAGACAGAAUCAUUGGGUCCUUUUUCCCUCCAGGACAGGAAACUGCGGACUUCCCCACUUUCGUCCGGAUUCUGGCUCACUUCCGUCCCACUGAGAAAAGCCGAACUAGAGGAGAUCAGCCGGAACCGGCUAACAGCAGCACCGGGAAACUCAAAUUUGCCUUCCAGCUGUACGAUCAGGACAGAGAUGGGAAGAUUUCCAAAGAUGAGCUUCUUCAGGUGCUGCGAGCGAUGCUGGAGAUGCAGGUGACCGAGGAGCAGCUGCAGAGCAUGGCAGAGCGAGCCAUCCAGGAGGCCGACUUGGACAAAGACAARGCUAUUUCCUUUGAGGAGUUCAGAAAGACACUGGAGAAAGUGGACACUGACCAAAAGAUGAGCAGUCGCUUCAUGAAAUGAAGACACAAACUGACAAAGACUUUUUCACAUUCAGCAAAAACCAGACAAGUCGUGUGUCCUCUUGUGUCCUUUCACACAGGAUGUGAAAGGACACAAGAGGAAGAAAUCAAGAUGUUCCUGGUUUGAGUCCGAUCUGCUGCUGCCUCAGUCAGAUGAGAGACAUUUAAAGACUGUAAAAAUGAAAGAAAAACAACUCAGAUGUCUCUCCUUGAUGAAUAAUCUGUGCUCAAAGACAAUUUAACAUGAUUUAAAUAACAAGAACGCCAAAAAUAAUUCUGCAGGAAGCUCAUUCUGCACAUUGUAAAAUGUGUCAGUGUCAGACACGUUGAUAAAAAAAAAAAAAUUGACUUUUUGUUGACAAUAACUUGUAGAUUUUGUCUAUUAUAAAUGGAAAAUAGUCUAGAAGUUAAUGGUGAAAGUGUCUCUUUUCUUAAACUUGAACUUUCUUGAUCAUAUUCUGAGUUUUUACACAGAAGGAAAGCCCUGUUUUCCAUUGUCUCACCAUGACUGAAUCAUCUGCAUAACCUGACAUUAAACGUUCAGGGCUUUGACACACCAGGAAAGAG